ACCACCUAAGAUCAAUAUAGGUAGGCCGGAGCUGGGGCUCAGUCAACGUCUCAUUCUACGAAGAGCUGGCAGGAUUUCUUAUUUCUUUUAUUACCCAGUACUGAAUGCUCGCAAUUCAACAUACUAGUUUUUACAACCAUUCGGCAGCCUCCAAGGGGAUAAGUUGUAGAUAGUAUACAAUGCCAGUUCCAAUCGAAAUCGCCGAGACAAUAUUCCGGAAGAAAUCACAGUACGGCCGAUACAUCGACACCAAACAAUGGAACAAAUUUGCAGAAGUUGCACUGCCUAAUGCAGAACUCAGCUUUUUCGAUUCCGACGGCUCUAUUCUAGUGGCUGGAAAGACCCCGCUUGUUUUCUCUUCCUCCCAAGCAUUUACAAGCUUCUUCAGCAAAUUUUUCGCAAACGCUCAAACCCUUCAUAUGUUUGGACCUGGAGAAUUAGAGCAAAUAAAGUCUGAUGAGGUGAAAGCAACAUGGGGUAUGGAGGAUCAAAUCAUACUGAAUGGGACGGGAGGGCUGGUAGAGAUGAGAGGCGGAGGAUAUUAUUACGAGACCUGGAAGAUGCACGGUGAUGAUUGGUUUUUAGCAUCGUUGCGCUUAGAAAGGACAUAUCAAAAAACGAGCCUCACGGCGAAAGUUUUCAUAUUCCUCGAGAGAUAUUCUGGACUCACGUUCGUUUAAGGUGUCAUCUAUAACAACUUCAAAAUAGGGUCACGCAGCUAUACACGCAGCUCGGAAGUUAAAAAGCCCUG